UAAUGUCAUCCAAAAGUCAUGACCGUCAAAAAAUAUUGAGCAUAGAAUAAAAUGUGGGCCUAACAAAAGAGUAGUAUGAAAAAAAAUAUUUAUUUCAUCGUUUAAAAGAAAGAUUUUUACAUAGCUCGGAUUUAUCACUAGAAACAAUCACCCCAGAAGGACAUGAAAAUAUUUACAUUCCAAUGGACAUUCAAACUCCUACUUAAGCAGAUGGUUUAAGUUAUGAGGAUGAAUAGGCCCUAAGAAUGCACGGUGCUUAAAUUUGUUUCCAAGCCUGCAAUCACUUAAAAUUACCAUUAACAACAGCCAUUACAAGCUUAGUUAUUUUUCAUAGAUUUUUUGCUAAGUAUUACUAAUGAUGUCAAAAUAUUUAGGAAUUCUUUCGUGGAUUUUGAUUACCGCGAAAUUUCAAUGGCUUCAUUGUAUUUGGCAGGCAAAGUUGAAGAAACAUUACUAAAAACAUGGUAUAUAGCAGGUGCAUUUAGCUCUGUGUUUCAAAAAUAAAAAUAAGCUCCAUUGUAAAAUGAAUAUUUAUGGCUAGGGAUAUCAUAAUUAAAUAAGAAAAACUUAUUCUUAAAGAACUAGGAUUUGAAUUAUUUAGAGUUUCAGAUCAUCCGCAUAAGUUCAUAGAAUCAUUUUAUCAUUUUAUUAAGGUCGAUAAGCAGGUGGCUCAAAAAGCUUGGUAUUACUUGAACGAUUCAUACAUGACUGAUUUAUGCGUACAUUUUCCACCUUAAGUUAUUGCAGCAGGAGCAUUGUAUUUAGCAUUGAGGGUCUGUAAUCAUCCUAUGCCCACUUAACCAUGGUGGAUUUUGUUAGAAGCUACUUUAGAAUAAAUAGAGUAAGUAGCUGCCACCAUUUAUAAUAUUUAUGAAUUUGAAAAAAUGGAUUUUAGAUAAGCAAGAAGGAUAUUAGCUAAAGCCAAUAGAGUAGCUUAUGUAAUUUAACAUAGCGAAAUCUAUGGCAUGCCUGAAAAGAUUGAAAGACCUUUAGAAACUAAAAAAUAAAAUUCUCUUUAACUAUCCUAAUAAUAAUCUUAAUAGCCUUAAUUAAUUUAACAACAAGAGCCAAUUCAAAAUAAUAAAGAAAAAUAAGAACCAUCACCUAAUAAUAAAGAAAAAAAAAGUAUAAAAAAGAAAAGUAAAUCAAAAGAAAAAAAAAGUAAAGAUAAAAAAAAUAAAUCUGAAAAAAAGAAAAAUAAAGAUAAAGAAAAGAAAAAGGAGGAUAAAAAAAAGAAAAAGAAGUAUUUAUAUAAUUACUAUUUUAUUAGAAGUAGAUCUAGAAGUAAAUCUAAUGAUAAAAAAUUAUCAAAAAAAUAAAAAAAGAAAGAAAAGGAAAAAGAGAAGGAGAAAGAGAAAGAAAGGGAUAGAGAUAGAGAAAGGGAAAGAGAAAGUUAAAAAGAAAAAGAGAAUGAAAAAGAUAAAGAUAAAGAAAAGGAGAAAGAUAAAGAGAAAGAUAAAGAGAAAGAUAAAGAAAUAAAAGAAAAAGAUUAAUAAUAAAAUGAUUAAGAGAAAUCAUUAGAAGAUUAAAAUUCAAAAAAAGAAUAAGAUUAAUAUAUAGAUAGAGGUAUGAUUAAAUCCAAUAUGGAGAUUGAGAAUGAAAAUGAACAAAAUUUAAACAACAAUAAUAAUUUGUAAUAAAUUUUAAAAGGUAACGAAUAAAUUAGAGAUGACAAUUUCCACCAAAAUUCACAGACAAAUCAAGAGCCUUAGUUAUAGGCACAAUAAACAAACCAAGAUGAUUAGUAGCAAAAUAUUGUACCUAUAGAUGACUAAUCGAAAGUGUAAUUGCCUUUAUAGAGUAAAUAGGAUUUCAUUGCUCAAAUGAAAGCACUACUAAAAACCUAAUAACUACAGAAAUUUGAUGAUAUUGAAAAGAAGGAUAAAGAAGUAGAAAAUAUUUAAAUUGAAAAGCAAUCUCCAAAUGAAUAGGAUUCGGAAGAAGACUAAUAACUUAAUGCAAUUAAAUUAAAAAGUAAACUUAAUAUUUAAUUAUGUAGUUUUAGCAAAAAAAAGAAAUGAAUAAUGAGC